UUUUAUUUUGAUUCUGAUCACAUUCCCAGAAACCAUUUUUGCUUAAAUCGGAACCACAAUCUACUGAUUAACAAACAACAUGGCCGAAUACUUGGCAUCAAUCUUUGGAACUGAAAAAGACAAAGUCAAUUGCUCAUUCUAUUUCAAAAUUGGGGCAUGCCGACAUGGUGAUCGUUGCUCACGCCUUCACAACAGACCAACCUUUAGUCAGACCAUACUUCUACAAAAUCUUUACUUAAAUCCUCAAAAUGCUGCGCUGACUGCAGAUGGUUCUCACAGUAAGUUAAUCUUAAUGUUGGAUGAUGUCCAAGCCCAACAAGAGUAUGAUGAGUUCUUUGAAGAAAUUUUUGUCGAACUUGAAGACAAGUAUGGAGAGAUAGAAGAAAUGAAUGUCUGUGAUAACCUUGGAGAUCAUUUAGUUGGAAAUGUAUAUGUCAGGUUCCACAAAGAGGAAGAUGCAGAGCGAGCUGUUGGGGAGUUGAACAACCGUUGGUUCAAUCAAAGGCCAAUCCACUGUGAGCUCUCACCAGUCACAGACUUCAGAGAAGCUUGCUGCAGGCAGUAUGAAAUGGGUGAGUGUACACGAGGAGGUUUCUGUAAUUUUAUGCACUUAAAGCCAAUCUCACGUGAACUCAGAAGGGAACUUUAUGGUCGUAAUGGACGCAAAAAAGGAAGAAGAUCAAGAUCUCGGUCGCCUCCAACAAGUGGUAAUGGUCACAAAGAUUCAAAGACCAGAGACAGGGAUGAUCGGCACAGCUCUCGUGAGAAUGGCAGACCAGACAGAGACAGGGGUAAUAGACAAGGGGGAGGAGGUAAUGACCGCAGAGACAGGGGAGGAGACAGGCGAGAUCGCAGAAGAUCAAGAUCACGGGAUCGUCAUGGAAGAUAUUGAGCUUUUUUUUUCCAGAAUGUUAAAUUUUGUUUGGAAUCAGUUGAUUAAAAUUGUUAUGACCAGAAUGCUGCAGAAAAUUAGCUGAUUAUUUUAUUUUUUCCAUGCCAAUAUGCUCCUUUUUAUAGUGUUCUGGUUUAUUCCAAACUUCAAAACUAUUGAAGUAAUCUGAUUUGAUUACUCUUGAAAUAAACUUACCUGGAUAAACCUAAAAAAAAUGGCAGUUUUAAAUUCUCUGUCUAAUAAAACUCAUGUAUUGAUAUUGAUAAACUAGCAGUACAAAUAUAUGAACCUUUCAAAUUUGUAAUUUUUUUUGUUUGAAGUCUACUGCAAUGAAUGUAUUAUCAUGAUGCUAUUCUUUAUUUGUUUAUGGCUCAUCUCUUACAAAAUACCAUUUUUCAAUGUACCUUUAAUAGUGAAAAAUUCAAAUGGUGAAUAUGAAGAAUGGCAGUAAUUUGGGUCAUAAAUGUUUUUAAAUCAGAUAAUAUUUUUCUAAUGCUUGCUACUGUAAUUGACUUUUGCUUUUAGACAUUCAGGAAAAAAAAUACAGUUGAAAUAAUGUUUGAUGAAUAACUUAGAAAUCUUAUACGUUCACAUAUCAAAAAGCUUCAAGUAGUCCAAGUCUUUUACUUUUUCUAUGCAGUAACUUUUUCUAAGUGUAAAACUUUCAUUGAUAUUAAAGAAAGAAACUAGAGAACAAAAUAAAACUUGGACAACUUUUCCUUGUUUUAAAAAACAUUGAUGGUGUCUGUCUUUUUUUUUUAAUGUCAAACUCUAAUAAAAAUUUAAAAAAAAUUCAA